GAGUGGCGCUGCGAUUGGUGCGUGGGUUUCGACGAUGUUGGAUUUUUGGCGGGGCGGAGGGGGGGAGCUAUGACGAUAGGAGAUAGCGAGGGGACGACCCCUCAUUUCCCCCUCCUUCUGGGGUGAGCUGUACAUUGUUUAUAUAUUACCUCGCGCGCCCAUUUCUACUUUAAUUGCAAAAAAAAACAUAUACAAAACCCCUUGUUAAACAAACGUUGACCUUCUUUCUCUGACUCGAGACGAGAGACUUUUUACACCAGUACAGAUAAGCUUGAACAGACGACCCCCCCGGCUAAAAUGGCUUCCACCGACGCCCCGAAGGAUCUGCCUAAGAUGCAAUACCGCUUCCUGGGCCGCUCUGGUCUCCAGGUCUCCGCCAUCUCUCUUGGUGGAUGGCUCACCUACGGCGGGCAAGUUGAGGAUGGUAUGUCCCUCCCCCUCCAUCCCCACACGAGCUAACCCCCCGCAGAAAAAACCUUCGCCUGCAUGAAAGCCGCUUACGACGCCGGUAUCAACUUCUUCGACUGCGCCGAAGGCUACGCCGCCGGCAAAUCCGAGAAAUCCAUGGGCGCCGCCAUCGCCAAGUACGGCUGGUCGCGCAACGACCUCGUCAUCUCCACCAAGAUCUACUGGGGCGGCGCCUUCGGGUCUAACCCCGUCAACAACGUCGGACUUUCCCGCAAGCAUAUCAUCGAGGGCGUAAAUCAGUCAUUGGAGAGACUGGGGUUGGAGUAUGUGGAUCUGAUUUAUGCGCAUAGACCAGAUAGGAAUACACCCAUGGAGGAGACGGUUAGGGCGUUUAACCAUGUUAUUAACCAGGGCAAGGCCUUGUACUGGGGGACGUCUGAGUGGAGCGCCUCUGAGAUCGCGACAGCCUGGCGCCACGCCGACCGCCUCGGCCUCAUCGGUCCAUUGAUGGAGCAACCCGGUUACAGCAUGCUAGCGCGCGACAAGGUGGACGGGGAAUUCAACCACCUAUAUGAGGAAUUCGGCACCGGGCUCACCAUCUUCAGCCCCCUCAAGACGGGCAUCCUAACAGGAAAAUACAACGACGGCAUCCCCGCCGACUCGCGCUACAGCCGCGACGACAAGGACCCCUUCAUCCUUCGUAUGACGAAGGAGUUCGGGGAGGGCAAGUGGGAGGCUCAGCUCGAGACGGUGAGGAAGUUGAAGCCUGUUGCGGAUAAAUUGGGCAUUACGCAGGCGCAGUUGGCGUAUGCGUGGGUACUCAAAAAUAAGAAUGUGAGCAGUGCCAUUAUGGGUGCGUCGAAGCCGGAGCAGGUGUGGGAGGCUAUCAAGUCGCUAGAGAUGGUGGAGCUUUUGACGCCAGCGGUGUUGGAGGAGAUUGAGGGGAUUUUGGGGAAUAAGCCAAAUGUUUCGCCGAGGAGGUAUUAGAUGAAGGGGUUGGUGUUUGGUGUGUAGAUAUUGCAUGCCUCACUUUUUGCAAAAGGACUGCAUCACCUCUUAUAUUGGAGUAGCUAGUAGACGACAACGCUGUUUGAUUCCCUGAACUACGCCUAUAAUAUGUGUGAGUGACUGAGUUCAUUAAUACUCUUCACAGCAACAAAUACCAAAAUAAACGCAUUAAACUCCUCAAAUCCAUAACCCAGAUUGAGAUCUAUCUUCUCAUCCACCGUCGUACAAAUGUGUCACAAACGGUAACGCCACCUCCGACAUAACCCCCCCCAACAGCCGUUUCCUCCCAAAAAAACCCAACAUUUCCGUCUAUAUAAUAAUAAGUCAGAAAUCCCAGACUCCAAAAAAAAUGUUCUAGCCCCAGCUUGUCUCAAUCAACGAGCGAGUUCAGGGUUCGGUAUUAGCUAGCGACGCCGAGCCAAUACCCAGGGAUGCGGGCGAUAGAUUGUUGUCUUCAGGUAGGACGGAGAAACCGGAUCGACAUGGGGUCUCCGCAUAAUAACUCAUCACGGCGGAGUACAGCUGGGUAUGCGGCUACUGACUUUGUUAUGAACAGGGUUUCUGCUCUCACAUGAUGCCUGUUACACAGUUCUGCGCUGUUUAAGACAAGUCGUUUUUGGGCAAAGUCGAAUUAGGAUAGGUAGUUUUUCCAAGC